AUGGACACCACACCCAGGCGCAGCACCCGCUUGCAGGCUGCUUUGCAGGAGGGCAGGUCCGGUUUCAGUCCUAUCCUGGAAAGCGCAAGCGCGGCCCACACAAGUGCUCCCAAGCAGUGUGGUGCAUGUCUGCUUGAUAUCGACACAGCCAGCAAAGAGGGUGAGUUCGUUGCCGUGCUGGACUCCUGCAACCCAACGCACUUCUUUCAUGUGAGGUGCAUCUCAACCUGGGCAGAGCAGGAGAACACAUGCCCAUUGUGCAAGAACAGGUUUUCCCGAGUUGGUGUGUACGGCGUCAACGGCGACUUGCGACGCAUCAUAACCGCGGAAGAAAAAGAUCAGAAUUCAGAAGGAGAGACGAGUGCUGAAUUUGAAGAUCACGUCUGCAGCAUCUGCAAGCGACCGGGCGGGGAUGACGCUCUCCUCCUGUGCGAUGGACGCAAUGGUCGCUGUCGUGGGGCCGCCCACUUUUACUGUCUCGGCCUGUCCGGUGUACCAGAAGGAGACUGGUUUUGUGCCGAGUGCCAGGAGUUUCCGUUGUCGGAGUUCGUGCAAGACGCAGUAGAGGAUAACCGGAAGCCUCUGAGCGGUGCGAAUUCGACUGAAGUCGCGGCAGAAAGCAAAAGCAGCGCAGCGAAGAGAUCUCCCUCGCAAUCGCCGAUGGCAAAGAGAAAGCCAACUCCCAAGAAGUCCAAGGCCCGGAGUUGCAGAGAGCACGAGACGGCAGACGCAGCAGACACAGCCGACACAUUGGACCAUGUUGGGAGUAGCUGUAGCUCUUCCUCGAAGAGACAAACCUCGACGCGCGGCUCCAACCCCACUCUUUCGGAGGCUCCUGCGGUUCCCAAGUGGAUCUACCGAAAAGGGCCCUGCUUGUUUGUGGAUCUGGGUGGUCGUCGCAUCAAAGAUUCUGCAGCUGCUACAGUGGCCAAGUUUCUCCAAUCAGUGUUGGAGAGGGUGAGGGAGGUCGCUUUGGACCUUUGCUUGCUACUUGCUGGAAAUCGCUUGGGCAGAAGUGGCCUCGAAGCCUUCCUCAAUGUUGCGAAAGAGACAGGACAUCACGUGUCAUGCCUAGAUGUGGAGCGCAACCGACUCGAUCCAGAUACAAUGCAGUGGCUGGCAGAGUGGUUGACAAGGCAGCGAAGGGGUCCACCGCAGAAGAUUCUGCUCUCUUACAAUCGUAGCAUCGGCGAUGAAGCGGCCAAAGACUUUCUGCAGCUGUUAGGUCGGUCGCAGUCAGGAAGAGAGAUCCCACUUUGGAUUGAAGCGAGGUUCGUGGGCAUAAAGGACAUCGAUAUACUUUUAGAUGCACUGUCUGUGGACAUCAACCUUUGCAUGGCUCUGGACAGCGACGCCUGCGGUCCAGGCCGCUGCGCCUCACACUCUGUCAAUGAACCCGGACCGCAUCUGCACCUUCCCGGGAUACUUGAUCAGCACUCGAACUCCGAACUGAUCCCUGUCGCGCAAGAGACCUCGAAGGCCAAGACUUGGAAGCGCUCUUUGUCCGAAGCGCGAGCUUCGCAGGAGGAGGACCGUGCCAGGCCUGCCAGAGAACCUGAGGAGCCGGGAGACAGCCAAGCCAGCCAAGCGAGCCAAGUAGAGGCCGAAUUACUGGAGUCACUGGAGCAAGAGCGUGCUCAGCGAAAAGCGUGGGCAAACUCCUUGGGGAGGUCCGUUGUGGCGGAGAUGCCAAGCCAGGUCCAGGACCUUCCAGCACCAGCCCCGAGCAAUGGGUUGUGGGACCUGGUUCGAGCAGAGAAGCGGAAGAAGCGUCGAUCCGUGGGGCACGUGGGAUCUUAA